AUGGCCUUUGGUGAGCUCCAAGCCUGUGAGUCUACCCCGGGCUGGACUAUGCUCUCCCUCGAUUUCAAGAGUGCCUUCAACUACACCGACCGAGCACGGCUACACGAGAUUGUGGCCGACAAGGUUCCUGGCCUCUUGCGCGCCUUUGAACGACACUAUGCUCGACCCACUACCCACUGCAUUGUCGACAAGUUCUUCAAGGUGAUUGACAUUGAUGUUGGCCAAGGCAUUGUGCAGGGCAACGAGCUAUCGCCCUUCUUCUUUGCCCUGUACUCCUGUGAGGUCCUGGGUCUCCUCGACGCCACCACUGACUACCGCUGCAAGGUCAUCAAGUACCUCGACGACAUUGUACUGAUGGGUCCCGCGGAGGACGUGGCGGCCGAUGUCGAGAUUGUCAAGGCUCGUGCAGAGUCUGCUGGCCUUCAUCUGCAGCCCAGUAAGAGCCGCUUCUACAUGCCUUGCCACCAUCCCGCUUCCAUCACUGCUAUCAAGUCUGUAUUGCCAGAUGCCGUGCGCGAGACGGCCAACACGGGCAUGACGGUCUUGGGAACGCCGAUUGGCCGUCGCGAGUGGAUGAAGAAGCAGCUGAACGACAAGGCAAAGCACAUUGCUGGCAAGCUCAAUGACAUGCUGACGACCGGUGUCUCGCUUCAGGCCCUCCUCACGGCCAUGCAGUACGUGCCUAGCCUCAUCAACCACCUCUACACGCUGCCCCCAAGUCUGACGUCGGGCUUGUCCGAGCUCUUGAACCGUGCUUGCAAGGACACCUUUGUCAAAGCCUUUUUUGCCAAGGUAAACCUGUCUGCACCGGCUGGAGCUGAAGGCCAUGACGUUACGCUGGAACAGCUCCUUGAGGCUCGCCUCUUCACACGGGCCAACACCGGGGGCUUUGGCCUGCACGACUUGGUUGAGCGCGGUCCGGUGGCUUAUGUCUGCAACAUGGCCAAGCUGGCCACUCACUACCCUCGGGUCUACGAUCGACUUUUGGAGGAUGAAUCAAGGGCUGCUGACUUUGAGGCCCACGUGCAGCGAGCCGGCUUCCAGAUGGCCACGGUCAAGGACGCGGGGACUCAGCGACCAGCUGAGAUCAUUGCCCUCCGCUCCAAGGCGGCACUUGACGACCUGAUGGCCAAGUGCGCGCUGGACCUGCAGCAGGCAUAUCUGGCCUCACGUGAGUGGGGCGUCAGCACUGUCUUGACCAUGCGGGGUCGGGACAAGUUGCGUCGCUUGAGCGACACGACCUUUGCCAUUGCGGUCGUGUCCAUGAUGGGUUUUGGCCUCCAUGAACUCAUCAACGUCAAGCCGACGGACAAGUGCCCGCUCUGCAGCAGCAAGACACCUCAGCCGCGACUGACCCGCGAGCACCUGCUGACCUGCCGUCCCAUCAAGCGACACAACGCCCUUCGCGACGAGAUGGGCCGCCUGCUCAGGUGGUUCUCGUUGUGUCUGUUGAUGGCUUGA